AUGCAUUCAGAUGAGGGCAUUAUGCUAACAAGUUUAGAGAUUAAUGCCGAAGAAAACAAAAUUGGAGAGGGGCCUUCUGCAAUUGUUUAUAGAGCAGUUUUUACUGAUGCGAUCCAACAGCUGCACUUGUACCUAAAACUGCCUGUAUAUCAUGGAAACAUAACAUCUGAGAACAUCCUUCUCGAUGAGUUCUAUAAUGCAAAACUAGGAGGUUUUGGAGCUGCAAAUUAUUGCAGCAAUGACAGGACAAAUCCUGGCCAACUAUCAGAAAUGGCUAAAGAUAUUUGGAGUCUUGGGUUUCUGUUACUUGAGCUACUAAAAGGGAAGCCUCUAGCAGAUAGAGAUGGUUUCAAAAAUUUCAGGAGCAUGGAAGAGAUAAAUGAGAUUGUUGGUGGUCAGGAGUCCUUUGAUGAGCGGCUAGAUAUUCCGAAAGACAAAUGCAAGAUCAUUGCGUUGGCAAAGUUUGGUGAAAUUGCAAAAUGGUGCAUCAGUAGCAGCUGGAGUUUUGGAAAAAAUCAAAAUUAUCCCAAGAUAGUUGAUGUUCUGUCUGGCUUGACACAAGUGAAGCAACUGUUUUCUUCUGCUUCAUGCUGA